AUGUCUGGUGCUGAAUUGCCAGCUUCAAACAAUGAUGGCUCCGGCAGCUCAUCUGUUGAAUUGCCACCACGCCCCCAACGGUCUCAGAGAAUAGACUACCACUUCUUAAAUGGUGGAAGUGACGAAGACGAUAUUGAAGAUCAUAUCAGAAAGAAAUCCCGACUGGAUUCGCCACCUGGUCGCUUAGAAUCGAUUGGUCCUGAAGACUCCGCCAGCCAGCUGCAUCUCAAUCUACCUACUCCGUCGGAAUCUGUUCCACCAGGGAGCUCUAGAUGCUUUACAGAGGCCAUACGGCCAUACAAAUCGCACAGAAAAGCCCGCAUUAAGCCACUGAAUCAAUGGCUUUGGAAUCAAUUUCGAGUUAGUCCUCUUCCGGGCAAGCAAUGGCGGCCCAGGCGAAGCCGACAGCUGCUUGAGGAUCGAGAGAUUCAAUGCAUUCAUUGUGGCUGGAAAACCACAGAUUCGGCAAGGGCAACAUCUACGACCAACAUGAAGACGCACCUAGCCAAACACAACAUUUUCGAAAAGUCCGGUCCAGAGGACCUGGGCGAGGGUUCCAGCGAGACGAAACAGCACUCAAUUGCUUCAAUAUUCCAGUCCCGAGCCGAGCAUGAUACUAGAGCCCUGUUGGAACAGAACAUACUUCGAUGGGUUGUGACAGAUGAUGUGGCAUUUACGGCAAUUGAGUCCCCUGCGUUCCAACAGAUAUUCAAGGACUUGCCGGACGCUCCUCUUCCUUUCUCUUCUCGAACAGUUGCCCGCCGCAUUGACGCAGAUUUUGAUCGCUGUCGGGUCCAGUUGAUCGAUGAACUAGCACGGACAUGCUCCACAAUUGCGCUUUCCUUGGAUGUCUGGACAAGCAAGAACCAUAAAGCCAUUCUGGGAGUUAUCGGUCACUGGGUGUCCACCGACUUCAAAUAUCAAGAACGAGUCCUGGAGUUCAGCGAACUUGCUGGAUCCCACAGUGGAGAAAAUAUGGCGGAGACUCUGCAGAAGAUGCUUGUCGAGCUUCGGAUUGAGGAGAAGCUGCUCACAAUCACAGCUGAUAAUGCGUCGAAUAAUGAAACGCUGGUGUCUGAGCUGUAUUUUCACCUGUUGGAAAAGUACAACUCGGAGGAUUCCAAAUUGCCCGAUAAAGGACGUCUCCGAUUUCAAGGUAUUGACAGCUACAUCCGGUGUCUUGCACAUGUCCUCAAUCUCAUUGUCCGCGACAUCCUCUCGAGGAUGAAAUCUGGAGAUCACAAGUCUGCCAUUGAAGCCUGUGAUCUCUUACAGGGAAAUAAGAAAAUCGGACGGCAGUCUGCGUUAGCCCGGAUUCGGAUCAUGACUCUCUGGAUAUUGAGGACACCUCAACGACGACAGCAGUGGAAAGUGACUUGCCAAGCAAAUGGCUUGAACGACAAGUUCAUCGAGUAUGACGUGGAAACCCGCUGGAACUCCACAUACCGUAUGGUCCAGGGAGCCUUGCAAGCCAAAGCACAGAUCCGGAUGUGGAUAGAGCAUCAGAACCAGUUUCCGCCAUUUUCAGCUGACGACUGGUUGCAGCUGCAACAGCUCGAAAUGAUCCUCUCCAAGUUCGAUGAGUUCACUCAACUGGUUUCCCGGCGGAAAUCCCAGAUCAGCCUAGCCAUUCCCAUCUAUUACGAACUGAAUGACAUGCUCGAAGAUGCAGCUUCUGCACAAGGCGACUUUUCGGGGCUUAGCUCUGACAUUACCUCCGCCAUCUCCGCGGGGAUGAAGAAAUACAAGAAAUAUUAUGAACUGAUGGACGCCCAAGAUGCUUAUUAUAUAGCUCUUGUCCUUGACCCACGCUUCAAAACCCUCUUGUUGGAUAAGGAGCUCGGGCAGGUGACGGCGCCAAAGGUUAUUCGAUCCAUCAAGGAUACCUUGCAUGAGCAAUACCCAUCGAAAUCAUCACUGGAGCAAUCAACGUCAAAGAUUAACCAGGACAACAAGCGGCAAAGUCUGGAGGCUCGUGUUCUGCAGAAGCUGCAACCACAAGUGAUCCAGCGUUCAGAUAUUGACCGCUACUUUGAGGAAGGUGUGGUGACUGUUGAUGAAUCUGUAACAAAGGAUGAAGAUUGGUUAUUUGGCUGGUGGAGGACGCACAACGAUGAGUAUCCGCGGAUGGCAGCUGCAGCCAGGGAUUACCUUGCCAUUCCGGCGGCUGAAGUCGCAGUAGAGAGGUUGUUUAGCCGUGGUAGGGAUCUGUUAGGAGGGAGAGCAUUCGCCGUCUUGAGUGCUGGUACUUUGUUACUCACGGAGUUCGGUGGUGUCAGGGUCGCGGGAGUGGAACAAAGUUGCAAGAUCGAUGCAGCCGAGAUGGACGCAGCCACAAUGGAACUGUUUGCUGUGGCGGAGGUGGUGGAGAGACUGAUCAUGAAGAAUCCUUCGCAAUACCCAUGGAGUGCCGAAGUAAAGAGUCUGCCUGACGAGUUGAAGAGAUGCAAUUCACCGGAGAUGCUACUACGCAGCAAACCGUCCGAGCAAUUGGGGGAUGAGGGCGAAUUGAAGAUGCUGGUGAACGCGGCCAACAAGACUGCUUAUCAUAAUCUAGAAUCGUCCAUGAUCUAA